CUCCUUUGGCCGUGACCCAUGCCCCCAUGCGACCACAUCCCCAACACCGUCAAUAAUGUCCCGGCAGAAGUUUCGAAGCCUGAAAGCGGCGAAAAUCCGAGCGGAUUGGAACAAAUAUACACUCUUCAAUCUUGACCGCAAUCGACGGGCGAACGAAGCUUCUAGGACCUACUUCCAGCAGAAAUGGGCUGCGAAGAAGGCGACGCGAGCGUACCACGGGGAGGUGAUUCGCGAGAAGAAAUGGCAACGCAUGUUCAGCAAGAAGCUUCCGGCCGUGGUCAGCAUGGAUCCGAAAUACAUGGCCAAACACGACGGCUCCGAGCUAGCAAUGGGUCGUGGCUCUGGUCUAAGCUCAGAUUCCCGGAAGGACAAUAAAAUACUAGAUUCGACGACGCCUUACAUGCAGAUGACUUAUUUCCCCAUCGAAAGACGUCUGGAUAUGGCAAUUUGGAGAGCGUUGUUUGCAAGCAGUGUCAGACAAGCGAGACAGUUUGUGGUACAUGGCUAUGUUAAAGUAAAUGGCAAACCCUUCAGGCAUCCCAGCUACCUGCUCAACCCGGGCGACAUGUUCCAGGUGGAACCAGACCGCGUCAUGUUCGCGACCGGCGCGAAGAAAGUCAACAACCACCGGACACGACAGCGAAUGAAAAGCAGAAAAGUCACAGCAUUCAAGACCCGGGGAAGCAAGAACGCCACAAAGACCGAACAAGACGAAGGAGCCGAAGCAGAAGCAGCAGCAGAGGAAUCACCAGAAACCACAACCUCUGAAUCCGCCGCAACCCAGCCCGAAUCCGAGAACGCAGACGAAGAAGAAGCAGACACGCCCGCCGACACACACAAACGCCUAAAAGCCAUCCUCGCAGCCGCCAAGGAAAUCGCCUCCAGCCCACGAACCAGAGAGCUCUCCGGCAAAACCAAGCAAGAAAUCCGCGCCUUCAAGAAACUCGUCUCCCGCACCCUCUCCCGCAGCAGCAAGACCGCAGAACACCAACAAGUCACCACAAUCAACGACCUAGUCGCCCAAAUGGAAGCCCUCAAGCUCAAAAUGUCCCCCGCAAAAGCGCGCAACUCCGCCACCGCCAACUCAGACAAUCAAUCAACCUCCUCCACCACCACCACCGACCAAAACCUCGUCAUCUCCGAAGCCGAAGAGCAAGACCUCCAGCAAGCCAUCCAAGAAGCCAUCCAGGACGCGCACGAGGAGCAGCAGGCAGCCGAUAAAUCAAAGCCCUACAAGACCCCCUGGCAGCCCCGCCGCUACAUGAGCCCCUUCGCCUUCAUCCCGCGCUACCUCGAGGUCAACCAGAAUGUCUGCGCGGCCGUCUAUCUGCGCCAUCCGGUCGCGCGGGCCGGCAUUGCGGAGGUGCCCACCCCGUUUAACAUGGAGACUAGUCAGCUUGCGUUUAAUUGGUACUUGCGGCGGCGGUAGAAGGGGGGCGGGGCUUAGAUCUUCUGGCUGUCUGUAUGUGUGUGUGUAUGGAGGCGGAUGUGUGUGUGUGUGUAUGUAUAUAUAGGAGAAGUGCUGUAAGAUUGUCUCAGGGAUAGUUAUAGAUUGAGAAAGAAAAAGGAUGCAUUGUGUGUGGACGUCGCUGCGUUUGGUUGUGGCGUGUACAUACAUGUACAUGUGUACGACUUGUAUAUAUAUAUAUAUAUACUAGGGUGGCCUGCGGCCGGCAGACUGCGUGCAGUCUCAAUUUAAGGCACUAAGGCACUAAGGCACGCCGGAAAAUCCACGGC